GUGCUUAUCAAAUGUUUCUUCAGGCUGCCAGUGCGGAGAAAGACAGCGAGAUGCGGGCAACUAACUUAUAAGGUACUGUAGGAAAAAGUGCCGCAAGAUGACGACGGAAGUGAUCAACGUAAGUUCGUUCCAUUACACAAGUAACUUUCAGCUUGCACAGCCUGCUCUCAAUCAACCUCUACUAGUUCACAACUCUCCGCGCCCCCAACACAUCGAGAUUCCUUGUCCGUCGUUACCCUCGUUAUCGCUGCCCGUGUCCUACGCCGUUCGUCUGAACAGCUUGUACCAUCUAUUCUCGACGUUGCGCAGUCCUACGUAGGAUCGACCUCUUCCCCACGUUCGCCCAGCCCGUCGGCUUCCGACUUACACACUUAACAGCGAACGCUGCUGCCUGUCUACAGAUUCCGACCUGAAGUGGAGAAUACACAGUACCUCAGAAAAGGAGUUGAGGGAGCAGAAUAAUACAUCAAGAUGCCAUUCGGUAUCAACAACCCACUGCCCGCUUCCAUGCGGAGCGAGUGCAAGAAAGCCGGCAAGAUUCUAGCAUCGUUCGUCGACCCCAGACAGAGCUUUGGCCCUGAUAAGAUCAUCCCCCCUCAGAUCUUGGGCAAUGCAAAGGGCCUUGCCGUCCUGACCGUCUUCAAAGCUGGCUUCCUAGGAUCAGGCCGACUCGGCUCGGGUAUCGUGGUAGCGCGACUGGCAGACGGUACAUGGUCAGCACCGUCAGCCAUUGCAACAGCCGGCGGUGGUUUCGGAGGUCAAAUAGGUUUCGAACUGACCGACUUCGUCUUCAUCCUUAACGAUGCCGCUGCCGUCCGCGCUUUCUCCCAGUCAGCCUCAGUCACACUCGGUGGUAACGUCAGUAUCGCAGCCGGUCCUGUCGGUCGCAACGCAGAAGCCGCAGGCGCGGCGAGUCUAAAAGGUGUAGCCGGCGUCUUCUCAUACAGCAAAACCAAAGGCCUAUUCGCAGGCGUCAGUCUGGAAGGUAGCGUGCUGAUCGAGCGAAAAGAUGCCAACGAAAAGCUCUACGGCGGCAGGGUCUCAGCACGACAGUUGCUCGAAGGCGCCAUCAGACCACCCCCAGCAGCCGAUCCGCUAAUGAGAGUGCUAAAUACACGCGCUUUCUCGGGCGCCGGGUACAGCGAUGCAAUGUACAACGACGUGCCCAUCUACGAUGAUGCACACGACGACGUCGUCUGGGAGGGACGAACCGGCGAAGCAUUCGGUGCGAGUACUCGCAACAACCGCUCAUCAACCGUUGGAUCUCGAGACCAGUCAGACAACUACGAAUACCGCGAUAACCCUCGUCGCGCAAAUACCUGGGCCGACGAUGUAUACGACCGAGUACCAGGACGAACCGAGAGUUUCCAAAAUACUCCGACCGGCAAUAGAAGUCGGUCAAGCACCCUGCAAAACGACGAGUACACAUAUUCCGACCGGAAACCGACCAGACCUACGGCGCCGAAACCGGUCUUCAAACAGCGCACAGGAUCUGUGGGACCGAAUCAGGCGAUAGCGCUGUUCACAUUUGAUCCAGACCAAGAUGGGGAUCUGGGAUUCAAGAAAGGCGAUAUCAUCACCAUUCUUAAAAGGACGGAAAACAAAACGGAUUGGUGGACGGGACGGACGCAGGAUGGGAAGACUGGCGUUUUCCCUUCGAAUUAUGUCGAGACCACGACUUGAUUUCUUUAAGAAUAGGCCAGGGGUACUUGUUCUCGAAACAGCUUGAUACCCAGUUUUUGUUCCUUGAUGUCUGGCUCAUCUAGCGUUGGAGUUUAGUAUAUACAAAAUGCAAGCAUGUUAAUCAAUCUUGAGAUUGAUGAACGUUAACACAGUUAUAU